AUGUCUGAGAGCGAGGAAUCUGAAUCAUCCAGUAGCGGUGUGCGUAAUGUGGGGGUAUCUGUUUCACGUGAUACCGGCACUAAGGUUGAUCUCAUUCUCAGAAUAGACGGCCUGCGCAGGCGACGUAAUUUUUUUGCGUCGCUUGUAUGCGCAUUCAAGAAGCCGUCUGAUCCUUCAAAAAUGUGCUCGAAUGCGACGUUUACAAUGUUUAAUUUAACGUCUUCAUCACUGCAAUUCUCAGUUGAUGUACAAUCGGAGCGGCAAAGGAAGCGAAAAAAGGGCAAUGCAAAUCGCGUGGACACAUAUACGUGUUUCAUUCGUAAAUUCCCAACCAGCGUAAAUCCUGAUUCGGCUGAAUUUGAGGUUGUUUGGCUGUUCGGGCUGACAGUGCAAAAGAGCCAGUUGCUGUUGAGGCGAAACCAUACGCCAAGUGCAGCUGUGGAUGAUCAUCUGAGUGAACAUAACAAAUGGGUUGCAGUGUUCUUCCGACUAGCAUACAAACUUGACCGUACUUCACUUGCUACCGUUGCCGUUUGCGUAGGCUAUGAUGAGGUUUGA